ACACUGACAGUAAUGGGCAGACUCAUACCAGCAGGGGGCAGUGUUACACUGACCUGCUCUGUUGACGGAUCUACUGGCUGGAAGUUUGACUGGUUCAGAAAUGGACAACAAUAUCCUGCAGAUGGAUCCUCUGGAAACACAGAACCAGAUGGAACCAUCAGAGUCUCAGAGGGAGGAGAGUACAGCUGCAGAGGAGGAAGAGGAGGCCCAGUUUAUUACUCAGAAACCAGCAACAAGGUCACAAUUUGGAGAACUGUUUCCAGAAAACCCAGUUUGAUCCUGGAACCCAACUGGUCUCAGAUCUACAGAGGAGAGAAAGUCACUCUGACAUGUGAGAUGCAGGAUGAUGGAGGAACUCAGUGGACGUAUGAAUGGAGAACAACCAAUGGGAAAACUAUAACAUCCAGUGAACACAAGACCAUCACAGCUACUGAGUUUGACAGUGGAGAAUACAGCUGUAGAGGAUUCAGAGACUACAAGUUAACAGAGUGGAGUGAUUCUGUCAGACUGACUGUGAAACAUUAUAAACCCACAGCCACACUGAGAGCAAUGGAAACAGUCAUACCAGCAGGGGGCAGUGUUACACUGACCUGCCAUGUGGACGGAUCUACUGGCUGGAAGUUUGACUGGUUCAGAAAUGGACAACAAUAUCCUGCAGAUGGAUCCUCCAGAAACACAGAACCAGAUGGAACCAUCAGAGUCUCAGAGGGAGGAAAGUACAGCUGCAGAGGAGGAAGAGGAGGAAGAGGAGGCCCAGUUUAUUACUCAGAAACCAGCAACAAGGUCACAAUUUGGAGAACUGUUUCCAAUAAACCCGGUUUGAUCCUGGAACCCAACUGGUCUCAGAUCUACAGAGGAGAGAAAGUCACUCUGAGAUGUGAGAUCCAGGGAGGAACUCAGUGGACGUAUGAAUGGAGAACAACCAAUAGAAACUCUCCAUCAUCCAGUGAAUACAGGAUCAACUCAGCUACUGAUGCUGACAGUGGAGAAUACAGCUGUAGAGGAAUCGGAGACUACGAUCAAACAGAGUGGAGUGAUUCUGUCAGACUGACUGUGAAACAUUAUAAACCCACAGCCACACUGAGAGCAAUGGAAACAGUCAUACCAGCAGGGGGCAGUGUUACACUGACCUGCUCUGUUGACGGAUCUACGGGCUGGGAGUUUGACUGGUUCAGAAAUGGACAACAAUAUCCUGCAGAUGGAUCCUCCAGAAACACAGAACCAGAUGGAACCAUCAGAGUCUCAGUGGGAGGAGAGUACAGCUGCAGAGGAGGAAGAGGAGGAAGAGGAGACCCAGUUUCUGAAUCAGGAACCAGCUACAAGGUCACCAUUCAGAUAACUGAUCCCAAUAAACCCAGUUUGGUUCUUCAACCCAACUGGUCUCAGAUCUACAGAGGAGAGAAAGUCACUCUGAGAUGUGAGAUCCAGGGAGGAACUCAGUGGACGUAUGAAUGGAGACCAACCAAUAGAAACUCUCCAUCAUCCAGUGAAUACAGGAUCAACUCAGCUACUGAGUCCCUCAGUGGAGAAUACAGCUGUAGAGGAAAAAGAGAAGGGUUUUCCUGGACACCAUGGAGUAAUGUUGUUAACAUAGCUGUGUCACCCAAACCUCAGCCUGUCCUCUCUGUGUCUCCAUCAUGGCUGAAUCCUGGAGCCUCAGUGACUCUGAGCUGUGAGGGUUUGGAGCAUCAACCAGCAGGAUGGAGGUUCUUCUGGUAUAAAGCUGUUCCUGGUCCAUCCAGCAGCUCCUACACCUCUGAGCUGCUUCCUGGCAGCACCAAUGGUUCUGAGCAGAACUCCUUCAUCAUUAAUGGACCGACUCUCACAGCAGGAUUUGUGUGCAGAGCAGGAAGAGGAGAACCAGAGUUUUACACUUAUUACAGUGAACCAAAGUUUAUCUGGUCUGCAGAUCCUCGUCCAGCAGCUUCUCUCUCAGUGAAUCCUGACAGAGUUCAACACUUUUACUAUGACCCUCUGUCUCUGAGCUGUGAGGGAAACUCUACUGAGUGGAGAGUGAAGAGGUUUACAGAAAGAGGCUACUUGUCAUACUGCUCCAUCUGGGGGACAAUGACUGGAUCUACAUGUACCAUUAAAUCACACUGGUUUGAUAGUGGAGUUUACUGGUGUGAGUCUGGAUCAGGAGAGUUCAGCAAUGCUGUCAACAUCACUGCACAGAAUGAUUAUUAUGAUAUGAUUAUCCUGCUGAGUCCUGUUCAUCCUGUGACUGAAGGAGAUCCUGUUACUCUGAGAUGCAGAAAUAAAGAUCAACUUCUCUCCAACGUGUUUUUCUAUCAUAAUGAUAAACUCCCCCAUAAUGACAGCAGAGAGGAGCUGAAUAUCUCUGCAGUGUCAAAGUCAGAUGAAGGUUUCUACAAAUGUCAACAUUCAGGAAAAGAUUCACCAAGGAGCUGGAUGUCUGUUAGAGUAGCUAUAACCAGUCCAGUCAGCUCUUCAUUUCCUGUAAUGUUCAUCAUUGGACCUGUUGUUGGAAUCCUCCUUAUUAUUCUGCUGCUCUUGUUGUGGCGCUGCAAUCAGUCAAAAGGUUUGUGCUGCAUCAGGUCAAAGGGCUCAGAGGUCAGAGGCCAGAGCUCCACCACAAACCAGCCUGAAGGUCAUGAAUAUAGAUCUCUUUCUCAUGGUCAGAGUUUAAUUCAUGUGUUUUUACUAACAACGAUAGAUGAACACAAUCAGUUCCUCUCUGUGUUGGCUCUGACCUGCUUUUGACCAAAACGCAAACUAUUGUUGUUUUAAUGCUGAUUUAGACAGAAUGAUUGUUCAUUAGCUCAAGAUGAUUAUGUGGCUAUAGUGGGAGCAACAGAUGUUAUGUGAAAUGCACUUUGCACAUAAGAGCAUCAUCAUGAUAUGCUGUG